UAAUAAACUGUGUAUUAGUACUACUAUUACUACUAUUACUAUACUUUAGUAGUUAAGGCAAACAUUGUGUAAAUGUUAUGUCAAUUGAUAUGAAUUAAUAGAAAUGAAUAUUUGAUAACAUUUUGAUUAUACCAUCGAUUAUAUAGACAUUUAACACACAAUUGUCUCAAAUAAUUCAAUGAUUGCACCGCAACAGCAACUCAUCCGCAGAUCAAUUAGUGGUAAUAAUAAUGAAGAUAUUGAGAUGACUUCAUUGAACACUGAUGUCACCACAAAUGGUUCUCAAGAAUCACUGACUAAUAGCAAUAAUCAACAAUCAAGUGCACCGUCAACACCAUUGUCGGACAUUUCCAAUGAUACGAAUCCAUUGGCCAAUACAACGGCCACUGAUCUCAACGGAAGUGUAACAGAUGUACGCAAAAGUGUAGAGAAGAGCCAGAAGAAGAAGAAGUCAAACAAUUCGUGGCUCAAUAUUUUAAACCCAACUUAUAAGUCAAGACACGAUGAGUUCAGACGAUUGUUCUCUAAUUUGGUACCAAAUAAUGAAAGACUUGUUGUCGACUAUUCGUGUGCUCUCCAGAAGGAGAUCUUAGUUCACGGAAGACUUUACAUAUCUUUAAAUUACAUAUCGUUUUACGCAAAUAUCUUUAAAUGGGAAACAACUCUUGUGAUUAAAUGCAGAGAUAUUACAUCUGUAACUAAAGCAAACACAGCUCGUGUCAUACCUAAUGCUAUACAAGUGGUGACCAAUUCGGGUGAUAAAAACGUGUUGACAUCAUUUGCAGCCAGAGAUAAGACAUAUGUCAUGUUAUUCAGGAUUUGGCAAAACGCUCUCUUAGACCAACCCAUGAGUUCAGCACAACUUUGGCAAUGGGUUCAUUAUAGUUAUGGUGAAGAUCUUGGAUUAACGUCAGAUGAUGAUGAAGAGUAUUAUAGCGAUAAUUUAGUGACAACAGUACCAACUCAACCACCACUGACCCAUACGGAUAACUCAGAUUCAAACACAUCAAUUGAAGCCGAAUUAAAUGCUGAAAGAGAAAAUUUGGAUCAGAUUAUAGACCCUAAGAGUAAUUGUGCGAAGUGUCGAUGCGAUUCACACGAUGGCAAACUCAUAAUUAAUGAAACAUUUAGUGCACCCAUUGAUAGGAUUUUUGAGUUACUAUUUACUGACAGCAAAUUUAUUCAUAAUUUGCAUAAAUCGCGUAAAACAUAUGACUUGAAAGUAACCCAAUGGGAUGAUUCAAAUAAUAAGGAUAAUAAAGAUAAAGUACGACAACUUAAUUAUACGGUAGCACUGAAUCACGCUCUGGUAAAGUCUGCCCGAACUGUUGAAUGUCAGCGACUUAUUGGUAGUUCGGCCGGCAUUUACUAUACCAUCAAAUCAGAAGCUGCUAACGAAGGUGUUCCUUAUUGUGACACUUUUUCAAUGCAUUCCUUAUACUGUCUAACCAGCGAAACACAAAAUAUGACAAAAGUCAAAGUUUACAGUAAUGUCAUCUUCAAGAAGAAUGUCUGGGGUUUGAGUUUAAUGAAGUCAACAAUCGAGAAGAACUCAUUUCAAGGCAUCACUGAUUUCUGCGCUGAUGUCACUAAGCAAUUGCCCCAAUGGAUCAAAAUGGAGAACAACUUAGGAAUCACUAACCAUUUAAAUGAUCUCAAAAUAGACGCCAAUAAUAUAUCUUUUAUGACAGUUGACUCAACCGGAUCUUCUAUUGAAAACUCCAUCGCAAGCAUCGGUCAAGUGGUAGACUCUCCUUCAAACACUGCAACUAAUUAUUUAUUUUUUUCAAAUAUUUACUCAAUAAGUAAUACAACUGUUUUGAGAAUAAUAAUCAUUGCUUUAAUUUUUAGUUUGCUUUUAAAUGCAAUAAUAUUAUUUAAAAUUUGGACAAUUAAUUCAAUAAUUAGUUAUACCGAACCUCUAGACGUUACACAAAUUUCCAAAGAUCCAUUUAAAGCACUUUCAGAAACCAUCGACUAUUUGUUAUCUCUAUGA